UCUGGUUUAACUUUACUGUGUUUAGAUCCUUCCUGUAGAUGGAGUUCCUUUAUAUACUCUGGUUUAACUUUACUUUGUUUAAAUCCACCAUGUAUUCUGUACUCUGUGUUUAGAUCGUCCUGGCAGGUUACCAUGUCCUUCAAGGAUAUCCUGCAUGAGAAGGUUGUAAUGAUUGAUCCAGCUCUCCGGAAUAAUCAAACAAACAUAAGCGGAUACUAUGGGACUCCUUAUUCCUUCGGGAUAGAUCCAGUGUGGCAGCUCUCCAUCAACAAGAUCGUGUUUCUGAACUCCUUCAAGAUGAAGGUUUCGAUCAUCCUCGGCGUUAUUCACAUGCUCUUUGGGGUCUUCAUCUCCUUCAUCAACAGCAAGUACUUCGAGAAGCGUGUUAAUAUCAUCUGCGAGUUCAUUCCUCAGUUCAUGUUCCUUACCUGUAUGUUCGGGUACAUGUCCCUGCUGAUGUUCCACAAGUGGACUUCCUUUGUUGCCGGAGGGUUCGAUAAUGAUAUUCUCACCACGGAGAGAUGCGCUCCAUCCAUCCUGAUCACCUUCAUCAACAUGGUGCUCUUCAAGGAUAACGAACCUGACAGCCCUGAGUGUGAAGCAUACAUGUACGCCGGUCAGCACGGUAUUCAAAGGUUUCUCAUCCUGCUCGCUCUCAUCUGUGUUCCCUGGAUGCUGUUCGCUAAACCUCUUGUUCUCAAGAAAGAAGCUGCUUCCAAACCAAACGUACACUUCGAUAUUGUGGAGACCAUGAUUCUACAAGGAAUCCAUACUAUUGAGUAUGCUCUUGGAACCAUCUCUCAUACUGCAUCCUAUCUCCGACUGUGGGCGCUUUCUCUAGCCCACGCUCAGCUCUCUGAGGUUCUCUGGAACAUGGUUCUCCGGGUUGGACUCCAGAGGGAUCAUUGGUAUGGGGGAAUCAUUCUCUGGGUUAUAUUUACAAUCUGGGCAGUUCUUACAGUUGGAAUUCUUUGCUUGAUGGAAGGUCUCUCAGCUUUCCUUCACACUCUCAGGUAUAGUCUAACUCAGCUUUCCUUCACACUCUCAGGUAUAGUCUAACUCAGCUUUCCUUCACACUCUCAGGUAAAGUCCAACUUAAUGUUACGGAUACUGAUCCGCUCGAUAAUUUUUUUAACGUUUAGCUUUUUAAAUGAAAAAAAACGCAUACUGUUUUCGGGAUUUAUUUAUAUACCCUGGAGAUUGGAGAACCUUUGAACCGUUGGGAACU